AUUCUAUUGACCAUCUUAAAUUUCUUGUGGGGCAGGGAUAUGGAAGAAACUAUCUAAACAUGGGAAUGGGAUUUGGUGCCUUAAGAAAAAGAAAAAGAAAAAAAAAACAAGAAGUGGGAAACGAUGGCAGGGAUUACUUGCUAUGGUCUCUCUUCUCAUAGCUUGUUGGGAUUGGGAUCAGAAUCAUGUAAAUCUUUGUUAGUUGUGAAAGGAAAACAAAGAGGAAGAGGUUUUCAAAUAAAAGCACAAGUUGAAUUUGUAAAUGCAGAGGAAGCCAAGAAACUUGUAGGUGUUGAGGGAUAUGCAGUAGUAGAUGUACGUGACAAAACUCAAUUCGAGAGAGCUCAUAUCAAAAACUGUUAUCAUGUACCACUCUUUAUUGAAAACACAGAUAAUGACAUAAGGACCAUUGUAAAGAGACAGCUCCACAAUAAUUUUGCUGGUUUAUUUUUUGGAUUGCCAUUUACUAAACCCAAUCCUGAGUUUGUGCAAUCUGUUAAAUCUCAAUUUUCUCCUCAAAGCAAGCUCUUACUCGUCUGUCAAGAGGGUCUAAGGUCCGCAGCUGCUGCGGAGAGAUUAGAGAGAGCAGGUUAUGACAACAUAGCGUGCAUAACAUCAGGUCUUCAGACCGUAAAACCUGGGACAUUUGAUUCCGUCGGUUCAAAGGAACUACAAGACGCUGGUAAAGCUGGUCUGGUUACCAUACAGGGCAAGAUUUCAGCAGUUCUUGGAACUGUGCUUAUCUGUGCACUUCUAUUUGUAACUUUCUUCCCUGAUCAAGCAGAACAGAUUCUUCAAAUGGCUCCUUCAAGUAAUUAACACUUACACUUUUGCUUGGCGUCACCAGUAUCUGUGUAGAGAGAGAACUGUUUGAUAUUAGCAUCAUUCAGCUUUUAUAGAUGUCACAUUUCACUAUUAUCUGAUUGGUAAAACACACAUAUUGCUUCUUAAUUAAUUAAUUAAUGAAAUACUAAAUGCUAUUUCUUUGUGUUU